AGAGAGCCUGAGUGCUGCCUUUGUUCCACUUGUGUCUGAACGUUGGAGGAGAAACAGCGGGCUCCAGUUUUUAUUGACUUCUUAUUUUCAUAAACGUAAAACUCAUGUGCACUGAACUUUUUCCUCACUUAAGUUCUUUCAACUGACUUUCAAAAAAUGCUCUCAUGGCAUGCCUGGUGGACCUGGGACUUGCUGCUACUGCUCUUUGGCUUGUCAAUCCAUGCUGGUUCAGCAGCUCAGAUCAUAGAAGAACGAGGCUCAAAAGGACACCUUGACCUCACAGAGUUAAUAGGAGUUCCUCUUCCUCCUUCUGUCUACUUUGUCACCGGCUAUGGAGGGUUCCCAGCUUACAGCUUUGGACCGGAUUCCAACAUCGGUAGAUUGACAAGUGCUAUAAUACCAUCGCCUUUCUACAGAGAUUUCGCUAUUAUAGUUACAGUGAAACCAAACAGUGAUCGUGGAGGAGUGCUGUUUGCAAUAACAGAUGCCUUCCAGAAAACAAUUUACCUGGGACUGAGAAUUUCACCAGUGGAUGACAGCACCCAGAGAAUAAUUAUGUACUACACAGAGCCUGGAUCCCAUAUCUCCAGAGAGGCUGCUUCCUUUAAAGUGCCAGUGAUGACUAACAGGUGGAAUAGGUUUACAGUGACUGUUCAGGAAAAUGAUGUUGCUUUGUUCAUGGACUGUGAAGAAUAUCAGAGGCUUCAGUUUCAAAGGUCAGCUCGAACCUUGGUAUUUGAAUCUGGCUCUGGGAUAUUUGUUGGUAAUGCAGGAGCCACAGGAUUGGAAAAGUUCACAGGCUCAAUUCAACAUCUAACAAUCAAAUCUGACCCAAGGGCUACUGAAGAUCAUUGUGAAGAUGAUGAUCCUUAUGCUUCAGGGGACAGCAGUGGCAAUGGCAGCAUUCAAGAACAUGAAGUUUCUGAGGCACAAGGCAUCCUUUCACCUUCCCAUCUUCCCAUGAGGCCUGAGGAUACGUUGGCUGAGCCGGUGGAAGCCCCCCCAACUAUAUUGUCUUAUUUGGAAGAAAAUGAUUUCUCCGGAAAUCAGAGAUCAGAAGAAACCUCUGAAGCACCUAAAUUAAAAGAACAAGAUUCAUCUGUCAUGGAAACUGGACAAGGAAACAGCGAGUCUACUACUGUCACGCAGAAAAUCUUAAGAGAAGAAGAUGGCUCUGCUGCUGGUGUUUUGCCAGAAGUAAGCGGAGAGGAGGACCAGAAAGGUCAGGAAGUAGAAGACGGGUCCACAGGAUCUCUAGGAGGGUCAGGAGCAGAAGAUUUGCAAAAAAAAGGUCAAGGACCUCCUGGACCUCCAAGGAAACUUGGACAACUUGAUCAGCCUGGUAAAAAUAGACUUCAGGAAUUGCCAGGACUGAAAGGAAAAGCAGGCCUAAAAGGUGAAAAGGGUGAUCCUGGUGAGGGAUUGCCAGGACCCCCCGGACUACCAGGACCAGCAGGACCAUCUGCUCCUUCCAGAGGAUUAAAUAGACUGGAACCCGAAGAAUCAGGUUCUGGAGAUAAUGACAGAGAGACUGAGAUUUUAAUUGGUCUUCCUGGGCCACCAGGCCCUCCAGGACCGCCUGGUCUUCCAGGAAAGCCAGCACCUGAUUCAGGUGUAGGACCUCCUGGGUCACCAGGGGAAGAUGGAGCUUCUGGGGAACCAGGCCCUGAAGGUCCUCAAGGUCCUCCUGGUCGUGAUGGAGUGGUUGGCCCACCGGGGUGGAAGGGAGAAAAGGGUGAUCAAGGUCUUCCUGGUUCUGUUGGUCCAAAGGGUGAUACUGGAGUCACUGGAUCAAUAGGCCCCAAAGGAGAAGCCGGUGCUCUUGGAUCUCCUGGGAAACCUGGACCACCAGGACCUCCUGGGCCUCCUGGACCCCCUGGACCUCCUGGACCACCAGGACUAAGCUAUAGCUUGGGAUUUGAGGACAUGGAAGGAUCAGGUAGCCUGUUAAGUGAAUCCAGAAUUCCAGGAUCAAAGAGGCCAAAGGGUUCUGCAGGAAGACAAGGACAGCGUGGACCAUUAGGACCAAAGGGAGAAAGAGGCAACACUGGUCCACCAGGUUCAAAGGGAAUGCCGGGCACAGAUGGAAAACCAGGCUCUCCUGGCAUUGCUGGGCAUCCCGGAGGUGUGGGUCCAAAAGGGGAGAAGGGUGACCCAGGACCUCAGGGUGAACCAGGAGAGAAUGGGAACAGUAUUGUGGGACCACCUGGACCACCAGGACCACCAGGACCAGUCAUAGCAAUACCUGAGUUACUACUCAAUGACACAAAUGGAAUGUUUAAUUUUACUGUAAUUAAAGGACUACUUGGGCCUCCAGGGCCAGAUGGAAAGCCGGGUCUACCAGGAUUUCCUGGCCCUCGGGGACCAAAGGGUGAUACUGGUUUGCCUGGAUCUCAAGGACCCAAAGGACAACAGGGUGAAAAGGGAGAACCGGGAGCUAUCGUUGCUGCUGAUGGAUCUUUAACUGAAUUAAUAGGAAGAAAAGGAGAGAAGGGUGAAGCUGGAGUGGUGGGACCUGCAGGACCAAUGGGACCAAUAGGACCUACUGGACCCAAAGGAGAACUUGGUUUCCCGGGUCGUCCAGGCCGUCCAGGACUGAAUGGACUGAGAGGUGUGAAAGGUGACCGAGGUGAAGCAUUUAAUGGCCCUCCUGGCUUGCCUGGACCCCCAGGGCCCCCUGGACCUCCAGGACGUAUACUUUAUAUCAAAGGAACAGUUUUCCCAGUCCCUCCCAGACCUCAUUGCAAAAUGCCAGUGAGCACUCCCUACCCUGGAAAUCAAGAACCUCCUAAUGAACAUGGUGCUAAAGCAAACAGAGAUUCCUGGGGACUGCACAGUUCAGCACCCUUGAAAGGAGAAAAGGGAGACAGAGGAGCUCCAGGACCACCAGGUCCACCUCUGCCUCCAUCAUAUUUCAGCCACUUUAUUAAUAGCAUAAAGGGUGAAAAAGGAGACAAUGGAGUCACUGGUGUAAAAGGAGAAAAAGGAGAACCAAAUGGAGGGGGUUUUUUGACAGGACCUCCUGGACCACCUGGAAGACCAGGAUUAGUUGGACCAAAAGGAGACUCAGUUGUUGGACCCAGAGGACCUCCAGGGUUACCUGGCUUACCUGGCUUACCAGGUUAUGGAAAAAUUGGACCUCCUGGCCCACCUGGCCCACCUGGCCCACCAGGACCCCCUGCAAUAUAUGGUUCAGCAGCUGCAAUGCCUGGGCCACCAGGUCCUCCUGGAGAGCCAGGGUCACCUGCCACCAGGAAUCUGGUUACAACAUUCCAAAACAUUGAGGGUAUGUUGGAAAAAGUCCAUUUUGUAGCAGAAGGUACACUAAUCUAUCUGAGGGAAACCAGUGAGGUUUUCAUCCGUGUUCGAAAUGGAUGGAGAAAAUUGCAGCUUGGUGAGCUAAUUCCUAUCCCUGCUGACAGCCUUCCUCCUCCAGCCAUAUCAAGCCAUGGAUUUCAGUCCAUUCCAGCACUGAGACCAGUAUCAAAUAUGAACAAUGGAAAACCAGCAUUGCAUCUGGUGGCUUUGAACUUCCCAUUUUCUGGUGACAUGCGAGCGGAUUUUCAGUGUUUUCAACAGGCCCAACUAGCAGGUUUGACAUCUACCUAUAGAGCCUUCCUCUCAUCACAUUUGCAAGAUCUGGCCACAGUUGUCAGAAAAACAGACCGAUACCAUUUGCCAGUAGUCAAUCUUAAGGGAGAAACCCUUUUCAGUAACUGGGAAUCUAUAUUUGAUGGAAAUGGUGGACAAUUCAACAUUCAUGUUCCAAUAUACUCCUUUGACGGGAGGAACAUCAUGACUGAUUCAUCUUGGCCUCAAAAAGUAAUAUGGCAUGGGUCAACCGCAAAUGGGAUUCGACUGGUUAGCAACUACUGUGAAGCCUGGCACACAGCUGAUAUGGGAGCUAUGGGACAAGCGUCACCACUGAAGACAGGGAAACUUCUUGAUCAGAAAGUGUAUAGCUGUAACAAUCAGUUUAUUGUUCUCUGUAUUGAAAACAGUUUUGUGUCUGAUCCCCAAGGAAAAUAAUUCACCUGUUGCACAUAGGAAUAUUCCAUUCAAUGACAGAAAAAGAUGACACUGAAAUUUCAUUUGUAGCGAUGUAAAUAUUUUAAUUUUUGUAAUUGCACAUUUCAGGAAAAAAAAUAGCCAAAGAAAACAUACCUCAACACAAACCACAUUCCAGUUACGUGAAACAUCCAGUGCACAUAUGGCUGGCUUAAAGCCCUUCCUUCCACUUGAACCCCAUGCGGUUCAAGGUUUGCCAGCAGCUAACUCACAGCCCCAAGUCUUUCUGGCUGAGCUGGAGGUCACUUCAGGGCAUGAGUCAAGUGUGGUCUAUGAGGAAGAUCCAGUAGCUGUCUUAUAAGCAGUAUGGCUCAGCAAGGCUGCUGCUGCUUCAGAGCUGAGAAGCUGCAUGCUCCAUGCUCUCCUUCUCACUUGCAUAGAUUUUGAAUACCUAAGGCACUGUUCAUAUAUAUGCAUAUAUACAUACUGUCCCUGAGCAAAUACUGGAAGGCUGUUACACUUUACAGGGCUCACAUUUUCCAAAAGAAGCUUUGAGAACGAAGGUGCUCACCUCAUCUUAGUUUUAGUGGAAGUUGAGUACCUGACUCCUAUAAGCUUGUACAGAUUGCAGCUAGGUGCUUACACAGAAAUUUAGCAGCUUCGACAUCUUAUUUCAGCUUUUUUCUGUGCAGAUUUUAGGCAUAGGGCUUUAUACAGGAGGAGUGAAUUUCACCUAGACAAAAUCUGGUCUUUAUUUUGGUGCUACUGUUACCAGGAAACCUGAAAGCAAUGUUAAUAAUAAUAAUAAUCCUGUUUUACUGGUAGAACUGUGCAAAGUAAAUGCAGACAAAUGAACCAUCUGACCUUUAUUUA